AUGGCGUUCACGAGGUCUGUCUGCAUCGUGGGCGCAGGCCCCUCCGGCCUUGUGGCGGCGAAGACGUUUCUACAGCAUGGUGGCUACGCUGUGACUGUGUACGAAGCCGCAGACCGUGUCGGCGGCAUGUGGAGAGCGCAGCCUGGCGAGUACGGUGACAAGUGCAGUCCAGACAUGAAGACGAACCUGAGCCGCUUCACCGUUGCCUUCCCGGAUCUUUCAUGGUCAUCCGUGGAUCUUUCAGAUCCUGUCACUGGAGCUCCAUCUCCUGCUACCCCGCCGAUAUUUCCAAAGGCAUGGCAAGUUGGUCGGUAUCUUGAAAAGUACACGGAUAAGUUCGGCCUUAGGUCAAGCAUAUUUGUGAAUCGCAAAGUCGUCAACGCCGAUAUUCUUGACGACAUGAAAACCUGGCAAAUCUCAACGUACGAUGUGGUAACGCAUCAAUCGAGCACGCAAACGUUCGACUACCUUGUCGUUGCGAGCGGAUUUUUCGACGAACCUGGUCGAACCUUCACUCCCCUACCUCACAAGAACCUCAACAAUGUACAGCACUCCUCAGUGUUUCGCGACCUUCCUUCUCUCUCACAGCAGCCCGGCAAGAUUGCCGUCAUUGGCGGGGGGAUCAGCGGGUCAGAAGCUGCAGCUCAAGCUGCCUUACAGAUUUCGAACGCCAAAAAUUCGCCGGGCAAGAGCAAGCCUGCUCAUUCGGAAAGCAUAAUCUAUCACAUCAUCAACCGACCUCUGUAUUGCCUUCCCCGUUACCUACCUCAGAAUCCCUACAUUGAUUCGUCGCACAAUGCCAACCUAGCACCAAGUUUCCUUCCUAUCGAUCUUGUCCUCUACAACUUAUCGCGCCGCGGUGAAGGUGAAUUAUCUGCUUCCAUCACCACUGUUCCUCCUGAGAAAGCAAAGAAGGGACAUGACUACAUGCGGUCUGUUAUCGGUGGCGACCAGCGGGAAUACGGUAGCUCAGCACUCGUGUAUGCGCCGGAACAGACGCAAUACCCCGGUUAUUGCGGUAUCACCGAUACAUACACUGAGUUUGUCAGGAGUGGACUGAUUAUACCGGUACAAGGCUGGGUAGAUGAGGUUCAGCAGAAGGAGGAUGGCGGCUUGUUCGACAUCGUGCUGCGGCAUAAAGCUCCGUGGUCCGAGCAUCCAGGCAGUACAAGCGAGGUCUCCAGCGUUGUUGGCAUUAUUGAAGCCACAGGUUACAAGGUCGACCUCAAUUACAUCCACGACACACCCAAAGGCUUCCUCUCCCCCGAUGCCGCUUGCCCACGCAUACCUUUUCUCGUUACUCGCGGUUCUGUUCUCUCCGAUAUUCCCACACUCGGGUUUGUCGGCUUCUACGAGGGCCCCUACUGGGGUGUUAUGGAGAUGCAGGCGCGCUUCAUUGCCGACACAUGGUUCAAAUCCCCUCGAGAUCUUGACACCUCCACUAGAGCUGCGCUGAAUCAGCUCGACACAACAGAGCGUAUGCGACAUAAGAUGCGGUUCGAGGGAUCUUUACAAGUUCCGCAGUUCUGGAUGGCUGACUACGUUGGUCUUGUCGAAGAGCUUGCACGAGAAGCCGGCGUCAAGCGAGUAGACGAGGGAUUCAAUGGCCAGAAAGGGCCUGCUUUCCCAUCUCGCUACCAAGGUGUUGGUACUGACGUAGAGGCUGAUGUUGUCGUGCAAGAGAUCAUUGCUGUAUUGAAGUCCUCAGACCAAGACGCUAAAUUCGUCGCAGCAGCAGUCUUUCGUGCCAUGCAAGGCGUGUGGUCUCUUCGUCGAAAGAUCGCCACCCGCAACACCACGCCAGGUGGCAUACUCACGGGUACCGCACACUUCCAUCCACGCAAUCCUACCGAUCCUACCUAUACCGCCGAGUAUCUCUACAUCGAAGAGGGCAUCUUCAAGAUGGACAAUGGCUUCUCUUUCCCCGCUACGCGCCGCUACGUCUACCGCUAUAACGAGGCAACCGAUAAGAUCACAGCCUGGUUCGCGGACGAGGAUGGAGAAACUACCGGGGCCUUCUUCAACAUGUGGGAAUUCUACCCUCCGGCGGAUGAGAACCACGGGUGGAUGGCCAAGGGGCACCAUUGGUGUGAUCCAGAUACAUACAAGAGCGGGUGUGAAUUCAAGUUUCGCGGUGCAACAUUGCAGGCAUUCAGCAUUACGUACGAGGUUGACGGCCCGAAGAAAGACUACAGCCAUGAAAGCUGGUACGAAAGACCAAGGAGUGAAGGCAACCGAGACGGCUUGUGA